AUGGCAGCAGAGUUUGAUACGUUUGUCUGUCAAUAUCUCUGUUUACAUCAUUUUUACAGCUCAUGGUAUCCUCCUGGAAGCUUGACCUCUGCAUGUCAACGGUCGGCAUUGCGAGCUUGUCUUGAUCUGGCACAGGCUGCUUUGCUCCUUCAAAAACAAUGGACUCUGUACAGCGUGACACCGAUUUAUAAUUUCUCAUACACCAGACUGAAAGAGUAUUCCAAGCACCUGCCUGCCCACAUAGCUGCCGAGAAGCAGAAGGGUGUUGCCAUUGAAGUAGGCUCAGAGCUGAACCUAAAAGCCAAAUUCUCCUGUUUACCCGGACUCAAAGGAAAGGACAGAGAUCCAGUGGCUGUGCUCAUACAGAUUUCAUCCAAGCCUCCACUCACCGAGGCAAGCACAGAGGACCGGAUAGUGUGGACAGGUUGGUUCUGCGGGACGUACAAAGAGGAUGAUCUAUUGGAGGUGUUACCUAAGAUAUUUACUUGCCUUCAGCUCUUCCUAUAUAACAGCUCCGAGGCGCUCACGGCUAUCGUAGGGACGUGGUUCCAAAGAAACUUUGACUGUUAUUUCGGUAAUCUGGUGAUCAGUUCUCAGGACCUUACGUGGCUAGCAGCGAUGUGGACCGGGUAUGAUGUGUCUGGAUCAGUGUCGGCCACAGAGCUUGUUUUCUCUGUGCCCGUCGAACCUUGCAUGGACAUUUCUUAUGCCAUCCACGCAGAGGACUUCAAGACUUUAUGGAAUGAUAUUCAUAAAUCAAAGGACGAGGUCACGUUGGAGGAAGUGGACAAUUUAUUUCAAUGUCUUUACUCACAUUUCUUCAGACUCUUUAGAAUCCAGUUAUCAGCAACCCAGCUCGUCAUGGAAUGAGCUGGAGUCGGCUUGUUUGCUGGACUGUCCUCCAGUU